AUGCGCUCCUCCGCAGCUAUCCUUUUGGCCUCCAUCGCAUCGGCUUUUGCCUACCAGGUCACCUCUCCAGGUGAUAGUGAGGGUUGGACAACUUCUGGACCCAACUACCUGACAUGGGUGCGCGUUGACACCGACCCAUUGAACUUCACGGCUGUGUUGACCAACGAGGCAUGUAACCAGCAGACCGUCAUGCCACAGGGUCCUCAGGUUCUCAACGCGCUCGUUGAUGGAACCUUGGGCUCAAUCGUUUGCAACCCUCCCAGUGGAGGCUGGCCUCAGGGCUCUGGCUACCGUGUCAACCUUGCCGCAGAUGCUCAACAUCUCGACACCUUGCUUGCUCAGUCCGCCCAAUUUAAUAUCAACUCGACUAGUUCUUCGACGAGUUCUACCACGAAAACUUCUACUACCUCUUUUUCCUCUGGGACUACCUCAGGUGCAGCAACUCAGACCACUACUGGAGCAUCUACCACCAGCUCAGAUACCAGCACAACCCCUACUAGUAGUGGUGCAGCCGUCCUUGGAAUGAAAGUGGAGACGGGUUUCCUGACCGCUAUUGCAGCCCUCGCUGCUUUCAUCACCACUCAUUUCUGA